CAAACAUUUAUGACAUAUGAGUACAUGCAUGCAUCAAAAGAUCGAGAAAUAAAUAAAUAAAUAAUUGGAGAAAACUUUACACCAUUAUAAGUGCCACACAAUUAAACCUCAAUUCCCACACCUCCUUUAGACCAAACAACUAAAUCAAUUUCCUCCACUCCAGAAUCCAAUUCCUAAAAAUUCCCAAAGCAGAAAAUUAGCUCAAAUGGCCAAACCAAACAACAACAACAACAAAGAUGAUAUAGACAAUAUUUCUUCCCAAAAACUCCUCCUAUCCCAAAUCCACUCUCUCCUCACAUACCUCAUGAACCUAUCAACCUUCACAACACUCCUCAUUCUCACCACCUCCCAAUUUGCCUUACUCAUCACACAAAAAACCCUCAAUCCAAUUUACCAUUUUAUCCCUGCCUCACUCUUACUCCUAUUAAUCACUGCCAGAUCAUCACUCCGUGCCUUGCGGGGUCCGCCUCCCGUGUACCUCAUCGACUUCACUUGCUUCAAACCCCCCAACUUUUGCCGCGUCCCGACAUCCACCUACCUCGAGCACGUCUCGAUGCUCGACUUUCUUGACGGCGAGAGCAUGUCCUUCAUGUCGAAGGUCCUCAAGCGCUCGGGGCAGGGAGAAAUGACGUACUUGCCCCCGGCCGUCCACACGAUUCCCCCGAGUUCCUCCCACGGGGAAGCGGCCAGCGAGGCCCGUCUCGCGCUGUUUCCCGUGUUCGAGGCCCUUUUAUCUAAAACGGGCCUCGGCCCGCAUGAGAUCGACGUUCUGAUAGUGAACUGCAGCGGGUUCUGCCCGGAGCCGUCGCUGACGGCGGCGGUGGUGAGGGAGUACGGGCUGCGGGCUGACGUGAAGAGCUUCAACCUGGGCGGGAUGGGUUGCAGCGGGAGUGCGCUGGCCGUGGCGGCGGCGGCGGACGUGCUGAGGGGCGGAGGGAGGCCGGGGAACGCGGUGGUGCUGAGCACGGAGGUGCUGUCGACGGGGUGGUAUCCGGGGAAGGAGCCGGGGAUGAUGGUGCUCAACUGCGUUUUCCGGUGGGGGGCGGCGGGGGUGGUGGUGACCAGCCGGAUGGAGGCAGGGAAGACGGCGAAGUACAGGCUGGUGUGUCAGGUGAGGAGUCAGAGGGCGUGGGACGACAGGGGAUAUUAUUCCGCCAUUAGGGAAGAGGAUGGAGAGGGGCUCACCGGAGUUACUCUCCGCCGGGACUUGCUGCAGGUGGCAGGAGAAACUCUCCGGUCGAACAUCACCAUGCUCGGAUCCAAAAUCCUACCCUACACCGAAAUAAUACUCUACGCAUACUCAAUCAUCAAGAAAAAGUACAUAGACAAGUCAACCGAAAUUUACGUGCCCAAUUUCAAGAGGGCCGUGCAGCAUUUUUGCUUGCCGGCCUCCGGCAAGCCUGUGAUUCGAGAAGUCGGGAAAGGUUUGAAGCUGGGGGAGAAGGAUAUGGAGGCUGCAUUGAUGACACUUCACAGGUUUGGUAACCAAUCUUCCUCAUCAUUGUGGUACGAGCUUGCUUACAUUGAGGCUAAGGAAAGGGUCAAGAAAGGUGAUAAGGUGUGGCAACUGGGCAUGGGCAGUGGGCCCAAAUGCACUAGUCUGGUCUGGGAGUGCAUCAGGCCCAUUGUUGGGGAGGCCCAAAAUGGAGUAUGGGCUGAUAGUAUUGACAGGUACCCUGUUGCAGGGGGUAAUCAUAAUUCGUCUUAGUUUGGGGAAAGGAUUUUGCGGAAUAUCAGAUUUUCCACAUUAGAACUUUGAUGUUUACAUGAGCCAAAUUAUGACUUCAUCUUACUUAAUUAAUUGCUAUAAAUUAAGGGGAUAUUAAAAUCAGUUUUAAAUGAUUGGAUAAUUUUUUAUACUCUUUAUUUCAAAAUUCAAUUUAUA